AUGGACGCGCACGCCCUCCUAACCGCCCAAGGGUGGCGGGGCAAAGGACACACUCUGCACCCGACGAGCGACAGCACAGGAUUAACGCACCACUUGCUGAUGAAGCGCAACGACGACGGCAGCGGGCUCGGGAGUAAGAAAGGCGAUCACAAGGCCGAGGCAUGGUGGCUAAAUGCCUUCGACCAGGCCCUCAAGGGCAUCGACACCAAGAGCGGCACCAUGAAGCAGACCCUGAAAGGCGGCGCGCUUGAAAAAAUUACCUCCCGCGGCGCAGCUGGCAAAUAUACAGGCACACGGGGCCUAUACUCUUCAUUCGUACGCGGCGGAGUCAUAGAAGGGACCGUGGGCCAGAACCUGUCGACGGGACUUCCGACGCCCCCGGAUAGCGGUGUUGGCACGCCAGAGGCUUGUGCCAGUGUAGACGGAAAAGAGACAAAAGAAGAGAGGAAGGCUAGAAGACAAGCUAAGAGGCUACGAAAGGCAGAGAAGCAAGCGAGGAAAGAGGCAGAGGAACGAGCUGCGAGGAAAGUCGAGAAGAAGAAGAAGGCGAAGAAGGCGGAGCGGGAACAGAUUAAGGCUGCAGAGACGAAAGAAGAGCGUCGCGCGAGGAGAGAGGCGAGGAGGAAGCGGAAAGAAGAGAAGAGACGGCUUAAAGCGGCAUCUGGGGGCUGA